AUGCUCCAAAUGGGGCGCUCCUCGACGAACGGUGGCAAUUGUGGUGAGUUUACUAUCGCGUUUGUCAAUGGACCUAUUAAGUUUUGUAGUGCAGAAGGAGCUUUGUAUUCAAGACUGUUCCAUAUUGUGGAUAUAGACGCAGAUGGAUAUAUUGGAGGCACUGAAGGUGCAGCAUUUAUACGUCGGGCAAGACUGAUGAAUGAUGCUAAUCGAGAGAUCUGGCGGUUAGCAAGUGGAGGAAAGUCACAAGAGAAGCUGAAUAAAGACUGCUGGUUUGUAGCCAUGAAACUUGUUGCGUUAGUGCAAAACACUGGCAAGUGUCAGAUGCAGAGUCUUUAUUCGGGAGAACCGCUACCGUUGGCUGACUUCCAGCUCGAGCAGCCCGUUGACAAUGUGCUUCCAGAAGAAACGGCGCCAGACUUUGAACGAUCGUUUAUCGUGUCGGUGAGCACACCCGUGAUUGUUGGGUCGGGAUACUCACGCUACACACAGUACGUGAUUUCGACAAAGACGAAUUGCUCACACUUUCCUUGUACCACUGCACAAGUCAAGCGACGGUUUAGUGACUUUGAGUGGCUACAUCAGAGGCUACUGAUGCAUUUUCGAGGUACUAUCAUUCCACCGCUUCCGGAGAAGCGCUGGACUGGAAAUAUGGAUGCAACGUUUGUCGAAGAACGUCGCCAGGCUUUAGAACAUUUCAUUAAUGAAGUCUGCACCCACGAAAAGCUUUCGCAGUCACUUGAGUUGCAGAUCGUUCUCGCUGCUAGUACAGAGGGUCUGGUUGCUGGAAAGGAGCUGUUGAAAGUUGCAUCUAUUGCUGCCGCAUAUGUUCCAACUCCUGCUUCGGUAAGCUCCUUGUGGAGUUCUCUGAAAGAUGGUGCGUUUUUAUCCUCAAACAUGCAGCAAAUUGAGAUAAAGACUGACGAUGACUACGCGAGGAUUGGUCAGCAUAUGAACGAGUACGAGAAGCGAAUCCGAGAGGUGACACGCUGUUCAGACAUUGUCUAUGCAGCUCAACGCAGCGAAGGAUACGAAAUGUCACGGUUUGGCAGCUAUUUAUCUGCCCUGUCAGAGCACGAGAAAAGAGAUCCGGCCAUGACGCAGCUUGCUGAGGUCGCAGGUGACCAUUUUGAGACUGUGUCAAACAUCUAUCAAGAUCAGCUGGACAAGUUGCUGUCAAUGUAUGUGUCAAUCAUCAGGUAUCAGGCGGGUAAAGUGGAUGCUGUUAAGACCGUGAUGCACAACCGCGAGUCAGCUAUUCACGAGGUCCAACAAGCCAAUGCGAGUAUGCAACGCAAUAAGGAGCGGUUUGCGGCCGCUCGCGCGAGUAGUGGUGCAGCGGCAUCUGCCAUGCGAGCUGAGCAAAAAAUGGCAUCGGCGGAGGAUCGCAUGAACCAAGCCAAAGAGCAAGUUCAGUUCAUCGCAAACAGCCUGAAGGUGGAAACAAAGCGGAUGGAUACCGGAAAGACUGCGAAUCUGAAGACGGCUUUACUUUCGUUGGCAAAUUCGGAACUGGAUUAUCACGUUCAGUCUCGGGCAGCGUGGGAGGGAUUACGGUCGUUUCUGGAAUUGAGCGAGGCCGAGAUUGCCGGUAGUCAACAGCGAGCUCAAGCUCCAAUUACAUAUAGACAGCCAGGCGAGAGAAACUUAGGUCAAAUCAUCGGUCUAUUGUGA